AUGUUUCGUCUGUUCUUCUUGAUGACUUUGGCCAUUUUCUUGGCCGUUUCCUACGGAACUUCGAAGAAGAAUUCUUCAAAUCAGGUAACUUUACAGCGAACCAAAUUUUAAAGCAUUCAACUUUUCCCAGAUUAUUCCCGAAAAUCUUUGUUGGCAAGGCUGGCAAGCGACGGGCAAGGGACUUCAGAUGCGGUUUUCUUAGCUUUCUAGAAUCAGCUACACUGUUUUUAUGCGCUUUUAGGUUCUUUUAGAUUCAUAAUCCGUUCAAUAUCUUGGUUGCAAACUAGAAAUUCGGCUACCAGAGAUACAAAUUUAAUUUAUCAUCGAUUUUACAGGAUACAGCAUUCAGGGCUUUAGAUACAGCUCAUGGACUAGGCUAUCGUCAGUUUUCAUGAGAUUAUUAAACUUGAAAGAAAACAAAAUAGUUGCACUCCAUGCGCGAGAACCCAGGGGUUUGAAAAAAGGGGGGUAAGAUUAAAGUGUUCUAUUGGUAAGGGGAAAAUAGCUAGGUUGGAUCGGGAAGUCUGAACAACCAGGGGCUCGAGAAAUUCGCGUGAACAACGCGCAAAGUAACACCCGCGUGUGCGACAGCCUCGCUCUCUCGUUACCAGUCUCCUCUCAAUGAGAAAGGGCAGCCUGCUGAAUAUUAUUAGCCAACCAGGUAAAAUUCUAGGGAAUAGUAUUUUAAAAGUUAUGUUUUACAAGUUGACCCAAAUCUACCUUGUUCGACUCCUAAAAUAAUCCUCGGGAAGCAGAGCGUCAAUCAGAGAAGCUUUCAAGAAGAUUGAUUGUUAGAAUUGGCUGUUAAUCUUUACAAUAAACGUGAGGUCUAAGGUGAGCUCAGGUGAGUUUUUACUCUUUGACGACUGUUUUGGGUUUUUGGUCUUUUUUGAACCAUGAACAUUUUCCGUCAUGGACCCAUUCAGCUUUUCAUUUAAGCUCUUACGAUAAAAAAAAAAAAAAUGCAAAAUCAGCAGCAAAUUUUGACCAAUACUGACAGAGUUACAUGUACGCUGAAGCUAACAAGCAAUUAACAUGUGGGGAAUUUUGCUAUUUACCUGCUACUCUUUGCCCUUUUCCUGAAAAGGUAGCCAGCCAAAACGCCGCACAAAGGAAAGACAAUAAAGUGGGCAACAAAACGGGCUGUAAAAAAGGAUGACAAAAGGAAAAAAAAAGAAUGCGAGGAAAGAACAUUGAAAACAGAUUCCCCCACCAAAAAAAGACAAACUUUGUCUCGAAAUGCUCGAAAGACAAAAAUCUUAUUAAUUUCAUCCAAUUACUGGCAGAAAAAUUUGCUUUGAGUGUUAAAAAUCUCUUUUUUAGCCAUUCCCAUGUUAACUAGCCAAAAACUACUCCAAAAAGGAGGAUCUGGUAAAAAAAAUGCUAUUUUUUUGUUGCUAAAAUGGUUAACUGCCGCCUGGUUAGCUCAGUUGGGAGAGCGCCGGUCUGCUGAGCGGAAGGUCGCUGGUUCAAACCCUGGUCGGACCAACACUUAGGGUCUUUAAAUAACUGAGAAGAAAGUGCUGCCUUUGUAAUGACAUCUGCGAGUGGUUAGACUUUCUAGUCUUCUCGCAUAAGGACGAACAACCGCCGUAGGUCCUGUCUCACAGCACUUUCACUGAUCUGUUCUUGUGGGACGUAAAAGAACCCACACUAUUGUUCGAAAAGAGUAUUGGACAUAGACCCUGGUGGUGUGGCCAACCUUAAAGGGUUGUGGGAUUGGGUAGGGAUGGCACCUUGCAUGGGACCUGCGAGUCCCGUUCGUGCCUAUUCCCUCUGGGCAGGCCUGUGUCCAGAAAAGCUUGUAAAACAAAAAAAAAUAUAUUAAAGAGUUAAAAAACUGGUAUUAAAGCUUAAACACCUGUUGUCAUUUGCUUGUAAGAUUAGUGCUCGUGGCUAAGUAUGUUAAGUGAGUUUAAAAUUCUGGUUUGGCCUCAAAGGGAUAUAUAUUUAUUUAUUUAUAUUCCAUUUGACCUUAAAAAACACAGGAGCACCCAACCCCUCCCUUAAAGAAGAAAAGCCUUUUGAGACCAGUAAGAGAUAAAGGACUGUUUACCCAAAAAUCUGCAAUGUUGUGACCACAAAAACAAAAGAAUACUUUGUUUCAGUGACAUACCUUAAAUUAAAUGUCUCAGCUCAAAACUGUUUUGGCUAGAUUUCCCCUCACAACAAACAACAGUAAAAGGUGUAGUGGCAGAGAAAAUCCUACAUUUUCCGUAAGCUGCAGAGCGUUAACUCAUGGUCUGCAGCUGUGUAGGUGUAAAAUUAUAAAUGUCGUGUAACUCAGACCCUAACCUUGAUCAUAAUCCCAGGGGGCAAUACUCCGGAUUUCAAGUGACAGGGAUGAUCAAAGGAUAUUCAGCCUCACCCUUUUAAUUUCCUGUUUUUUUUUUAACCACUUUCAUUUCCUUUUUCUUGAUCUUUCCAAAUUCAGUUUCCAGUGCAACUCAGUUUAUGCUAUAGUCAAGAGUGUUUUCAUUUAUCUAGAGUUUGCAGUCUUUCUUUAAGUCAUGAAAGUAUGUUAAAUUUCCCAAUCUAACAGGCUAAUGGAUCUUCAGCAAAGUCUAAAAGCUGUAAAGUUGUACCUCAGGCUGGUUGCUGUAAGGAUGGUGAGUUUACAGUUUAUUUUAAAAAUUGAUUUUCAACAAAAUGAUAAUCCACGGAUAUGGAAAAAUACCAGCUAAUACCAAAAGCAAAAAACAAAUCUUCUUAGUAUGUUUAGAUUAGAAUUUACCAGAAAUCAAGGCAUUUAAGGCCAGUAAAGUACAUUUAAGUAUUGCAUUAGUGGGAUCAGUUCAGGUUAUACCCGUAACAACUUGCUAGUUCUGCUGUAGCGAGAUUGUGUGGAUGGUAAUUUAGUUCGGUAAUGAGUUUCUUUAAGUAAUCGCUGUAUUUUUUUUAAAAUAAUUUAAGGCAAAGAUGGAAAGGAUGGUCAACAUGGUGAGUCACAUUAAAAUGCAACAAUUUUCCUUCAUUACCAUUUACAUUAAAUUAUGAAACAUUAUAUGAUUUAGAAAUAAUUAGUCUUUUGUAUAAUCAAGUGUUAUUUUUGGUAAUUGCAGGAAAAGAUGGGCGUGAUGGAGUGAAUGGUGAUGUACAUUAUUUUAUUAAAUCUUUCUAGUAAUAAAGGUUGCGGAGUGUGGGCGACAACAAUUGAAUGUCAAAACGCUUUCGUCUCUUUCCAGUGCUGUGCUUUGUGUGGUGGUCAAAAUAUACAUGAUUACGAGUGAUGUAAGGUCCAAAUGCAUGUGCUCAAAGUGUUUUUGGCGCAUUCCGUACAUUCUUUGUGGAAGUCUAAACGAAUGGCUACAUACAUGCCAAGCAUGCAUAAUAACAACCUGGAGAUUAGAAUUGCAGGCUCCGCUUGUCGCUCGUGAUUAUCCUUUAUACAAAUACAAACAUGUCAAUAUACACCUAUUUCAAUUAAAGUUGCUGCCGUGAACCGUGUUUCAUAGCCUUCAUUGUACUAUGAUAAACUCAUGUAGCGGGAAGUUUAGUCUUGUUCACGUUCAUUGAAAUAAUGGAGACCAUUUGUGAAAGGCGUUCAAGAGAGCUUUCAAGUCAAAUGGCUGCUAGAAUUCUUAAGCAUUAGUGAGCUGAAAAAUUUCAUUUUUAAAAUCUCAUAGUAAAAAAUUAGAACCCUCUUUUUUUGACAACAUUAAAUGAAUAGGGUUUUACCGCCUGAUUAAGCUGCGUUUUUUAAUGGGCCAGAAUGCUGGUUAUUUCAAUACCGUAAAUCAAUGCUAUUCUUUUUUUAUUCAGUUUUAAAAAAAUUGCCUCAAAAAUAGAUAAACACAUAAUGUCAAGUUAUUUAUUGUUGUUCAACAAAUGCCAUGAAUUUGAUCUUUUUUUAAACUCCAUCCAAAAUUUCCACGUGCAAGAACCAAGUAAACUUGUUAAAAAUUUGUAGCAUUUGCUUAUUACCACAGAGAAAAACCUAACCUCAAAUCACUGUCUUAAAUUAAAAAGCCUAGGAUUCAGUGUUUUGAAAUACAUUGUCUUAACGUUCUGCUGACAUAGCAUAGAAGCAUUAGCAGCGUUUGCUUUCUGGGUUUCUAGGCUCGUUGUUGCAGGCACAUAAUUUACUAGACUUGCUACAAUAGUGCACCGCAGGCUAUGAAACAUGGAUCAUGCAUCAUUCUUCUCAGAAGCAACCUUAAUUGAAAUAGGUGUAUAUACUUGCCAACUCUUUCUGAGUCAAAUUAAUUGAUGCAUGAGAUUUUCUUCCUGUUUUGACAGGAGUUUCUGAAAAUGUCCCAGCUGCUUCUGCAUAUUUCCAACAAUUUUGCGAAGACUUUUCCAAACUUUGCCAAAAAAUGUGUGAAGUUGUUCUGACAACCUUUGAGCCAUUCUGAAGUUAUUUCAAGUGUCAAAGGGAAAUUGAAUUGAAUUUUUGUCAUUAAUUAUAUGUUUAAUAAAGAACAAUUUGUCCAGAUUUGUUUCUCAGGUGUGAGAAAUUGUCGUUGUCGAUGAGUAAAAUAAAGUUCUGGAAAUAAGUCCACAGGCAUGAAACUCAUGCAUAAUGUGUUAGAGUUGACAGGCAUAUUGUAAUUAUUCUCAAAAUAAAUCUUAACCGUGGGUUUCCUUCGUGUCAUCCCCCCUGUUGUAGCUUGUUGUCAGUGCUCUACCCUUAGUAGCUUGUAAUAUUACUAAUCCAAAGCUGUGCUCCAAGAAAAAUUGUAAGGAGUCCAUGCAGUGCUCUGAACCUGUGAAAAACAGGGAGUCAAGCCUCAGAUUUGUAUGGGAAAGCUAAGAUUUCCUAGUUGCUGAAGAUCAAAUUAAGUGUUUAGGGUCACUGACUGGGCACUGCUCAGUAGAGCAUCAGCAGUGGAACCUCAAUAUAAUGAAUGGUCAAGGGACUGGCAAUAAUAUAACAGGCUAUAAAGAGGUUUCGUUUAAUUGGGGUUUUUUUUUCAUAUAUUUUACUAUUACUGGGGUAAAGGAAAUAUUUUGUUAUACCAAGGACUUCGUAUUAUAGAGGUUCAUUAUAUCAUGGUUCCACUGUAUCACUUUAAUUUGUUUAUUGUCUUGAAAACAGGAAAAGAUGGCCGUGAUGGACGAGAUGGCAGUGGAAUAAAGGUUGGCCUUUUUAAGCUUCAAACAUUGCUUUCUGUUUUUGCUUGAAAAGUUCAGAAAUUCAAAUUAAAUGACAUGGAGCUGUAUGCCCGGUGGCUUCUCUUGGGCUUCCUCGCCACGAGAGUUUAAGUAAUUAGAUUUUAUUUGAUUUGUACAAUUUUUGGCAAACAAAACAAUAAACAAUAAACAAUAAACAACAUUAAAAUGGUCUCUGUUGUGUGAAUGUAUCAAGUUGCCAAAAAAGGGGUUUUUUGGACAUAAUUUUGGGCUUUUCUCUUUCCAGAGAAAGAGGAAGAAUUAAGAUAUAAAAUUAUUUUUAAAAAAUUAAUAAUUUAGUCACUGAUUCAGUUGUAAAACUUGCUGUUGGCACAAUUAAGAGGAAAAGCACCUGCUCAUGUUUUUAAAACGGAACCCACAAAUGUGAAUAAAUUGUUUGCGUACACUGUACCUCAGUUAAUUUUUUUUUUCGUAUAAUUACAUUGACGAUUAUCGAAAAUAGAGCACUAUGACUGGCUAGGAGCUUCGCUUCAUCCCGCUAUAAUCACCGCGCGGUGAUUAUAACAUUGAAGGCCAGCAGUUUUCAGUCAAAAUGACAGCCUGAUUUGUUGAUGUUUCGGAGUCAGAAAUUGAUCAAUAAUUUUAUUUUCUGGAAUAAUCAUCAAUAUAAUUAUACUAAAACUAAUCACCUGAGGCAACGUGAAUAUUCGCCGAUAUUCAUGUUGCCUUUGGCAAGUAAUUGUUAAAUAAUAAAAUGUAAUUCCACACUUUCAUUUUUUAUGAAAUGAUACCUAUCUUGUUCACAGUUAAUGUUGGCAAUAUGCUGGCUCCUAAUAUGGGAAGUUAUGGGUCGUUCAAAGGCAAUUGGUUAAGAUUCAUGUAGUGUAUGUAACCCUUCCUUUGAGAUACCCUAUUCUAUGGUUAUACCUCUAGUGUUAAUGCAACAACUAAGCAGGUGUGUAUAUAGAUAAACUCAGACCAAAUGUUAACGCAACGACUGAGCAACUGUAUAAUUAUAUAGAUAAACUCAGACCAAAAUGUUAAAUUUAAAUGGUUGGCCUGAAGCUGUUUUGAUUACUUUAAUUUAACAAAAAAAAAGUGGAAAAAGGUGCACUAUGUGUUGAUUCUUGAUUUUUUUGUCAUGAUAAAUAAAUAAACUCAUUUUAGUGGUAAUACUUGUAUGUCCAUGAAGCUAAUAUAAAUAAAUAAAAUUAGUAGUUAUUUUUGCAGGGAUAGUUUUCGCAGUUUUGGUUUCACUUUUAUUUGUAAAUAUCUGUUAGGGAGAAAAAGGAGAAACAGGGAUACCAGGAAAAGAUGGAAAUGCCGGCGUUAAGGUAUUAUUGACAUGUUACUGCUUUUUAAAUAGUGGUUUUGAGUUUCUGGAUCCAUAUACUUCCAUAAAAAGUCACUGAAUAUAAAUUUAAGUUGAACGAUGCAAAAUCAUCAAAAUCAUAACCAUGCAGACCAGUUAACUUUAUUUUGAUCUCCACCACAGUAAAGACAAGCAAACUGGCUAUUCUCUUUGCAUUUGUAUUAAAAAUAAUAAUGAUGAUGAUGAUGAUGAUGCUAAUAAUAAUAAUAAUAAUAAUCAUGAUAAAAUAAUAAUAAUAAUAAUUUUUAUAGGGGGAGCCCAACUUCCCAUGGCAGUUUUAAGUGGGUCGCUCAUUACUAAAGUAAUAAAUGGAUAAAAAGUAAAAACUUGCUCAAAAAUGAAAAAAAGAGUGAAGAUCAUAAAAUUCACAGUAAAACAUACGACUUUUUCGUAGAGUAAGAAGUUCCCAUAACAUUGUUCCCUAUUUUAACUUUAAGGUUGCUGAGGACAGUUUCUCUAGAAAUGCGUUAUGCAUUUACUAUGCAUGUCAACAUUUUUAAAAUCAUCAGGAGAUAUGCAGCCAAUUAGCUUUUAAAGAAAAAAGUGCGAGGACAAGUUGAGAAGAAUGCUUAAAGGUUUCUACGUCUACUUCAAUACUUCUAGACGCUUUCACAUCUAAGAGAUUAAUAAUGCAGAAAAAUAAAAAAAAAUAAAAAUAAAAUAACAGAAAUAAGAAAAAAAUAUUAAUUUAAAAAACGUUGCGUAGAUGAUUACAAAAGUUUGGAUACCUUUCUGUUCUUAUCAUCAAAGGGAUAAGAUUCCAUUCCCUUAUAGUUGUCAGUUAUUGUCUAGGGAAAUUUAUUCUGUUUCUGUCGACUUUGAUUUGUUGACUUUCAAAGGGAACGUAAACAAACGACAAUAGUUUUACCUUAAAAUUUACUCAUUAAAAUUUGACGACAUUUAGCAGAAAUCCUCGUCAUGCUGUACUGCAGUCAAUGAAAGCCUCAAAUAAACAACGAACAAAGGAAUUUUGUGACAUUAAAGCUAUUUUGAAUUCUAAAACAAUUUCAAAAACUGUUUGUUGCAAUUUGGUUAAGGUGCUUUAAAAUAUGAGGGUUACUAACUGUAAGCUGUACGCAAAUUCACAAGGAAAUCAAACAGCUGAAUUUUGAGUAAACCAAACAAAUUCAAAAUUUUAGGCUUCUUUUUAUCUUAAUGAAUGUAAUGUCUUUAUACACACCCCAAUAAAUGGUAAUGAUCAUAACGACCUAUCAAACCGUCUUUAUGGACAUUUUACUCGUAAAAUAGAGUUAACCAAUUAGAGCAUACUUCAGCCAUUGUUUUUCAUUAUGAUUUAUUUUGCCCUGGGUGGCAAAUAUGUUGCUAUCGUACAUAAAAGAGCAUUGCGUGACUCAGCUCUGGAUCAAGAGCUCCUUGUUUAUCUUAGAUUACAUCAAUAACUGACCGUCAGUUGUUUCUACAAGGUUUUGUGAUAACAAGUUUUCAUUGUUAGUAGCUGUAACUAAUACUAUGUUAUGCUUAUAUCCAUCAAUGCUAGCUGAGUGCUCCUUUGUUUUGUUCACUUUGCGUGCACACGUCGUAUUUUCCAAUAGUAGUUUACUACGCAUUAGUUUCUUCUUUUUCCCUGCCACACCCUUCCUCGAUUCAAUAAAGCUGGACUACUGGCUUGGGUGCACGCCUGCUACUUUUACCUCCACGUAGCAGGCCGGGUGGGGCCCCCACCCCACCUUAGUUUAUUCACUCCUGGGUGGGGAUGCGUUCCAUCCAUUACCGUGCUGGGUGAGUUGCUGCCACCCUCACUGCAUUGCUCAUUGCUAGGGUGUGUUGCUGCCACCCUCAUUCCAUUAUGUAUAUUACUAGUGUGUGUUGCUGCCACCUUCAUUCCAUUACGUUUAUUACUAGGGUGUGUCACUGCCACCCUUAUUGCUCUACUCAGUUUAGGGUAUGUCGCUGCCACCCUUAUUGCAUGCACUUUAUGGGGUGUGUUGCUACCAACCUUGUUUUACCACAGGGUGCACCCAACAACCUUUAGUCCCAUUUACUGCCAAAGACUGUGUAUUUUUAUCUUGGACUACAAAGUUAAGCAAUUAAGUUGUUAAGUAACCUUAAAAUCUGCAGACUUGGCCUUUAAAUUAGUCUAUCCCAGCCUGUUUUCUGCUGUCUUUUUAAAUUAAUUUCAUCUGAUGAUUAGUUUCAUUUUUUUUUUCAUACUUUUCAUUAUCUUUAAUUCUUAUCUGUUAUCUUCAUCAUCAUCAUUGUCACUAUUUUGUUACAGUUUAAUAGCUUUAUUUACUUAUUAUUAUUAUUAUUAUUAUUAGUAGUAGUAUUAGGGAUGGACCAUUAGAAAAGUUAUUGGGGGGGGGGGGAAUAUUUGAGCCGCAGGAAUUUUUUUUCGUUAUCAAAUUCCUUGUAUGAAUAUUUUUUAGAGUUAAUUGGCGUGCAUGAAUUCUUUUUCUUUUAAUUUUCCCUUGCGCGAAUAUUUUUUUUUUGUACUUCGCCCCCCACCCUCCCAUAAGUUUUCUAAUGUUCCGUCCCUUAUCAUCAUCAUCUUGUGUGGUUAUUAUUAUUUCUGUUGUAGGGGGAGAAAGGAGAACCAGGAGUAGCUAAAAACAGUAAUGGUGGUGUUAAAGUAAGCGUAACUUUAUAUUUCUUUUUGAAGACAGAAAUGACCAAUUUUCAGAGUCCAAAACAAAAACGAAAGCGCAUGCUUUAUCCUUACAGCAACAAAGGAGUCAUUCAAUUUUCUUUAGUGGUCCUGACCUACGAAUGAAGAAUCAUUAAUAUUACCUUUGAUUUCUCCACAAAGGGUGAGAAAGGAUCUCGUGGUGACAAAGGGUCACAAGGAGAGAAGGGAGCACAAGGACGAAAAGGAAUGCAGGGAACGUGUGAUACAAAGGUAAUUGUCAUAAAACAUUUUCCAGAUUUUCAAUCUCUGUAACCUUUAGUAUAUAUAUAAUUCUUUUUACGAAAGCCUUAUUAAUUUUAUUACCAUAGACUUCAUACACGUGUUGCAUGCACGAACUCUUCUUUUUCCUGUUAUGUUUAAAGGGAGAAGGGUGCGUGAGUUAGCGGCAAGGCCAUGACAAGUGACAAUCGAGAUUUUUACUGCACGGUACAAGUCAACUCAAAUGUCCCACAAGACUCACAAGUUCAAGGAAAUAGGAACAAAAAUAAUACUCGCAGUCUUUGUUCACUGACACCAAACAUGAUGUUAUGAUUAUCAUUAGAUUUAUAUCUCAAUGUUUCUUGAAAGCGGGAGCCUUUUUAAAUCUCUUGAUGUUCCAUCAAGGGAGAUUGUCGUCAGAAAACGUUGACUGUACGGGUGUUGAACCCUAUAGUUUGCAUAAAUAACUACAUUAGGAGAUUGUAAGCUUUGUUAUUAAAUUGUAUUUUGUUGUUUUUAUUUUGCCUUUUAGAGCAAAUCGAAGUGCUGUUUGACCGGUAUGAGCAUUAUAUAUUACUGUUGUCUGCGAUGUACAUGUACAUUGAUUCAUUGGAAAGAAGAGCUGCCUAAUUUUAAUUUCAUGAAUACGUGGCUCCUUCACAUGUACAUUAAAAGUGCCUAAACAACACAUGAGUUACAUGUACCUUUCUACCUUAUUUUUCGAUUUAUUCUAGUUGUUUUUUUGUAGUAAUUGCUUGAUAACAAAGAUUUUCAACAUUUUUUUUUUCUUGUGGAAGAUUGCUCUAUUGGAUUCCACUUUCUUGAGAAAGUUCAAGAUCUUCCAACCCGAGGAGCAUUAGAUGUGGAACAUUUCACCAUUGAUGGAAGCUUGUUUCUUGCUUUUGCCAAUCAUCAUGGGGACAUUAAAAAAUACAAGACAGAUUCCAUGAUCUACACGAUGGAUAACUCGACUGGAAGACUGUCUUUGUACCAGACCCUGCAAACAAGAGGAGCGUAUUACCUGGAGUACUUUUCUAUCGCUAACAAACAUUUUCUUGCUGUCGCUAAUCAUUACGAUGGAACAUAUCGGCUGGACUCUACAGUCUAUCAAUGGAAUGGAAAGCUGUUUGUCGACUUUCAGAAAUUACCAACAAACGGAGCAGGUUACUUCACCUAUUUCAAGAUACUUGGGGAAAAUUAUCUCGCAGUAGCCAACCACUAUGACGGAAGCACCCAUUCUAUAAAGUCAGUUAUCUACAAAUGGAGCAGCGGCAAGUUUAACAGAUUUCAAGACAUACCAACUGAAGGUGCCGUGGGAUGUACAGCGUUUGUGAUAAGCGGUGACACAUUCAUCGCUUUUGCAAAUCAUUACAACUCCCAACACAAGUAUUCUGUUCAGUCCACUGUGUUCAAGUGGUCAGGAGGUCACUUUGUUAAACUGCAGUCUCUUCAGACUUACGGAGCAAGGGAUGUGAAGUCUUUCAACGUCAACGGUCACACGUUCCUUGCUUUUGCCAACCAAUAUUCUGGAAGUAAGUACAACAUAGAUUCCUUCAUUUACAAAUGGAAUGGCAAUAGAUUUGUAUUGUUCCAAUCCAUUUCUACUCGAGGAGCCUCCGCAUGGUGUCCAUUUGUGAUCCACGGUCUCACCUAUCUUGGUGUGGCUAAUUACCAUGGUGAUGGUCAGAAACAUAAUACUCAGUCACUUGUUUACCAGGCCUCUGGAGCAAGGUUCAUCAAGUACCAAGAGAUUCCCACACAUGGAGCUCAUGGUAUGACGUCAUUUGAGUUCAAAGGUCGUACUUACCUUGCAGUAGCAAACUACUACAAUCGCCAGAAGCACAACAUAAACAGCGCCCUGUACAAGUGGAUAUAG